UGUUACACACUAGGUAAGAAUUAAACAUGACCUUUAAUUGCACUUUCAUAUAAACCAUAGACGCAUAGUAAACUGAACGUUUGAAAUGAAGUCGAAGGUGAAAAUUUCAUUUAACUGCGUGGUUUUUAUAUGUAGUUUUGGAUUAUUUCUUUUCUUUUCUCUAACACACACUUGGACGAAAAUAGUGCUGAGGACGUGUUCAAGUGCUUCAGUAACAACAUCAGCCCAUUCGAGGAGAAAUUUUAUAGAAACACACACUGUGGAGAAACGUAACACAUGGACUGAUGACUUCCAACCUGUAACUAGUGAGGGAACAAUGCUUGUAUAUUCGGCUUACACAGAUGGGCAGACGAAAGUUCGAGUGAUUGGUAUAACAAACGACACGAAAGCUGAUUUACACUGUAUAUUAUGGUACGAGUCCUUAAACAUAACAACGAAGCUGGUGAAAGCGUAUAUAGCCAAUAUCAACGAAAACCAUGGGAAAAGUCAUACAGCUGCGUACUUUGUCUGUUACCUGUGUGACUUAGAUAUGCCAGAUGCUGUUUCUAUUGUGACGUUGUCUACCAUUCAUGAUCCACUUAACAUUUUACCCGUGCACGUAAAACCGCAAUUAAAGACACAGAAACAAUUUACAAUGUGUUUGUCGCCUAUGCAUUCAUUGUUCAGUGACAGUGCACAGCUUCUGGAAUGGAUUGAACUUCAUAAGAUUCUAGGUGUUGAAAGGUUUCUUAUAUACGUCAAAAGUGUAUCCAAUGACGUGAAGCAAGUAUUAAAAUUUUAUGAGAAAGAGAAUAGCGUGAUGGUAACAACAUUGCUAUGGUCUUUAUCUAAAGAUCUUUGCAAUGAUGUUAAACUGCAUUACUGUGGGCAACUUGCUGCACUAAAUGACUGCCUAUACCGCAGCAAAGGUUACAGUCACUACAUUGCUGCUGCCGAUCUUGAUGAAGCCAUUAUUCCGCAACAAAAAGAUGAUUUAACAUGGCUUGAUAUGUUACUAAAUCUUCCGGAUCAGAGUGUUUAUCUGUUCAGGAACUCGUUUGUAAUUAGAAAUCUAAAGAAUAGUGAAGGUAAUAUACAAAAUAAAUCUUUAAUGACAGAUUAUCUAAUGAGGGAUGACUUUAUAUACGGACCACGUGACCGCUCAAAGAUGAUCUCAAAGACUGAUGACGUAGUUACGUUAGGUAUACACAAUGUAUGGGCGAUUCGGUCAGGGGCCGAGUAUGGAGUGGAUCCAAGUGUCGGACUGCUACAUCACUACCGGAAGUCACCAGUUGAGUACCCAGAAGGUGUAGAUGUUACCAGAUUAAAAACUAAUGUUACAAUAAAAUAUUCUCGGGAGCUUAGAGAACGACUGUCUGUGGUUCGAGAAAAAAUGGAAACUUUUCCACCAAAAAAUUGA